AUGAUCAAAAUUCGGAAACGUGACAACCUUUAUGGCAUCUACGCACUUAUUAGUUUCAUACUGAUUUUGGUGACCUCGCUUCCAAAAGUGAGGCGGAAGCUCUACAACGUGUUUUUUGCAUUUCAUUACAUUUGCACUUGGGCAGCGGUACUACUGCUGUACGUUCAUGUUAGACCACCUAUUCCAUAUCUGACGACAAUCAAUGUUGCAAUCUUGGUGUACCAAAUGUACUUCAAAUUUCGAAUUUCCAAAGUUUCCUCGAUUGAGGUGACCCAGCUUUCUGCAAACCUGUUACUCGUGAGCUUUCCGGGAUCAGCACUGGCAGUAAAGUCAAUAAUUCCGGGUUGUCAUUUGAGAAUGAACGAGUUCGAUGAGUCUAAUUAUUUGAAACAAAUCUGGCGACACAUUUUUAUGCCAGUUCAACAUCCUUUCACAAUUGCAACUCUUCCAUUUGACGAAAGCCAGAAGAUGAUUGUCAGAAAAGGACGUUUUGAUUUGUCAUCCGAAAAGAAGUAUCUCAUCACAGGAGCAUAUCUACCUCAUUUGAGCUUCCUGAAGCCAAUGAAAAACGCUAAUCCACGCUCGCUCCUUUUCCAUACUAAAGUCAAAAAAUGUUUGAUAGUUGUUGGAGGAUCUGCAAUUAGUUUUGCUCUCCCAAUUCUGAGAACACUAAGCUACAACGGGGCCACCGUGAAGAUCAUCUGGGUUCUCAGGGAUCACGAAGACCUUAAGGUCUUAGAUUACUUUCAGAAUAUAUUAGUGAACGACGACUGCAUCGACAUUUUCAUCACUGGGUCCUACAGUCAACAGGAGAUCAACAGUUUCAAAAGAGCCAUAAGGGAGCUUCAUCGUCUCAACAGGCAGAUUGAGCUCUCAAACCAGGAACAAGUGCUCAAUGGAAAAUACUUUCCGCAAUACCAUGAAAAGUCACCUCUAAUGCAAUCCAAAGUAAGCUAUCAGGCGAUGGCAAACGAAAUUGAUGCUCUUGCUCAUGAAAGUUCAGCCCAGAAAAGCAGGGCUGGAUACAUCCCUCUUCGCCAUCACGCUGAGCUACUCAAGUCUGGGUACUCGGCUGAGGAUGAAGAUAGGUUCGAAAAUGUUGAUUUGGAUCUGGAUGGUAAGUGCAGGAACCCCGAACCAAUCGUCCCUAAAAGCUCCUCGCUGUAUUCAGGAAUUCUUGACUUCCCUGCGGAUUCUCUCCAACAACGCGACUCCUUCAGCUUGCCUUACUCAUCUUCUUCUGGUAUCUACGACGACUUGGCAGAUUACUGGAUUCUCAAAGGUUUAGCUUGUCGGAUUGAAUUUGGACGACCAAGAUUGGGCAUCCAUUACUAUAAUUGGUGCACUGGCUCUUCGUGUAUUGGCCCCUUGAUAGACAUACACAACGGGCAGUCGGUGUGUUGCAAUGAGAUUACAAUUGAAAAUGAAGGCCAGAAAUUACACUAUCAAAAGAGCGACGGCCAUAUAUUGGGCUCGGAUGCCCAGGACGAGCUUUUCCUCAAUGAGCAAUUCAUAAAAAAUAGACAGCAGCGAUUCCAAGAAAGAGGAGGUGAAUUGGACGAAUCUACAUGGGUUGUUGGUGCAGGUCCUAUUGGUCUUGUGAACAAAGUGCAACUUUGGGCUAAUAAUUGCGGUUUCAAUUUCCAUGCGGAAAGCUUCAGUAUCUAG